AUGUGGAGACUUGAUGCAAUUGGCAUAACCGAUUCAGCUCAUUCCCAAGCUACCGAGGAGCGCACGGCAUUUGACCAGUUUCAGAGCGCAGUAUACAAGGAAGAGGGACGAUACGUCGUUCCCUUGAUGGUCAAGGCGCCCUACCUUUUGUCCACUACGAACCGACCCGUUGCUGAAGCAAGGCUACAGCGUCAACUUAAACGUUUCGAAGCUCAUCCGGACGUGCUGCGAGAAUAUGACCGCACAAUCAGCGAGUACUUCAACGAGGGUCAUGCGGAGCGAGUGGAGCCGUCGGACCAAGGUGCCCGUCAUGUGUAUUACCUUCCUCACCACGCAGUCAUACGGCGGGAAGCGGUGACAACCAAGGUUCGUGUCGUGUUCGAUGCCUCUUCGCAUGAACCGGGAAGUCAUUCGCUUAACGAUAUACUGGACAAGGGCACAACGCUCGGUGCAGAAUUGCUGCAACUUCUUCUGCAGUUCAGGUGCAAUCACAUCGUCAUGACCGCCGACAUUCGCAAGGCAUUCCUGCAAAUUCACGUCCGACGAGAAGACAGAGACCUUCUUCGUUUCUUGUGGAUCGAACGACUUCCCAGUAGUGACGAGCCUUGCCCAACCAUCGUCGAGUGGCGUAUGACGAGGGUGCCAUUUGGAGCUUCGUCGAGCCCAUUUCUACUGUCUGCAACUUUGAUGCAUCACCUUGAAUCUUGGAAGGCUAUUCAUCCAGAAAUCGCAUCGCGUCUACAAAGAGCCUUUUACGUGGAUGAUCUAGUUAUCGGCGCUUCAACCGAACCUGAAGCACUCCACAUUUACCAAACAGCCCGUGCUAUUGUGGCGGACGCCAGCAUGGAGCUGAGAAAGUGGUGCUCCAGUUCCGAAACGUUGAACGAGCAAUUUCGUGCAGACGGUGUCUCCCUCGACGACAUCGGUCAACCGUUGGUUAGAUGCAAGGUGCUUGGUCUUCCGUGGAACCGAUCUGCUGACACUAUCGUAAUGACCACUCAAAACGUGUCAUCUUACGUUGCUACGCAGCCAGCUACCAAGCGACUUGUACUUCAGACCUUUGCGAGGCUGUUUGAUCCUCUUGGGCUUCUUGGACCGUUUCUCGUCCGCGCCAAACUUCUGUUCCAAGAGCUAUGGCGGCGCAAUUGCACAUGGGAAGAAGCUCUACCUGAGGACGUGCAUGAACACUGGAAGACCUGGACGUCCGAGCUUAGCGAACUUUCAUCGUUCGAAGUCCCACGUUGUGUCAUAUCUCCUGCAACGCAAGGCGCAAAAGGACAGGAGCUUCACGUAUUUUGCGACGCAAGCCCAAUGGCAUACGGGGUUGCCGUUUAUGUGAGGUGCGUCAUGUCUGAGAACAGUUUCGCUUCACAGCUCCUCAUGAGUAAAGGUCGCAUAGCCCCGUUACGGCCCGUUUCGAUUCCAAGGCUGGAACUAUUGGCCUGCUUGUUGGCAGCCAGGUUAUGCCACUAUGUCAGACAACUUCCCGAGCUCUCACAGGCCGUGGUUCACCUUUGGACUGACUCUGCGGUCGCAUUGCACUGGAUAUGUGGUGACGCGGUCCGCCAGGAAGUAUUUGUACGAAACCGCUCGUCCGAGAUUCGCCGCCUAACCAGAGGAUUCCACUGGCACCACUGCCGGAGCCAGGAUAAUCCAGCAGACUUACUUACCCGUGGCGAGCCAGCGUCUUUUGUUUCGCGCAAGACAAUUUGGUGGGCCGGACCUGCGUGGUUGACCAAUCCUCAGGUGGAUUGGCCUACAGAUCUCUGCCCUAGUCAAAAGCACGAUGACUUGCGCACUGGACUCACCUCUGCCUGUCAGAGCUUAAGCUUGCCGACUUCUCCUCAUUUGCACGAUCCACUCCUUAGGAUUAAUGAUUACGGACGCCUUACUAAGGUUCUAAGAGUCACUGCUUGGAUCAAAAGGUUUCUUCGUAAUGCGUCACUCCACACCACGUCCUCCUCCGGACCGCUAACAGCCGCGGAGUUGUGUGAGGCAGAGUUGUACUGGAUACGAUUUGUUCAGCGCUCUGCGUUUCCUUCAGAAGUCGCUACGUUAGAGGUCGGACAAUCUGUCGAGUCUGCUUCCAGUAUUCUGACUUUACAGCCCUUCCUUGACAAGAAAGGUUUGCUUCGUGUGGGUGGUCGCCUGCAGGCCCUUGAUGCGUCGGAGGAGUUGAAGCAUCCUAUGAUACUACCUUGCAACGACCGGUUCACUGAGCUUCUGGUUGAAGCAGCACAUAUCCGCCUUCUUCAUGGAGGAGUCCAGCUAACUUUAAUCGAACUCCGCUCCAGGUUUUGGAUUCUGAAAGGACGUCGGACAGUGAGGCGGGUAUUGAACGCUUGCUUGCCGUGUCGUCGUAGACGCUUGCGUCCGGAGACUGCUCCUCCCGCACCGUUACCGAGGGACCGGAUAACCGAAACCAUGCCGUUUGACGUCGUUGGGAUUGACUUUUGCGGACCACUGUACUGCCGCGCCGUCACAAAACACUGA